AUGCUCCACAACAACAUCAACACCGGUCCUGGUGUUGUUCUCUCAUCGAGGAAGAUAAUAAAAUCUCGACAAUUCCUGGAGAGGAAGCAGCCGGCCCCCAGUUCUACAGAUGGCCGAAGGAAGAAAUCUACCGCCAAGACACCGGCUCCGGUAAAAGACAAGUCCGGAAGCAAGAAGGGUAAGAAACCGAUAGUAUUCACGGAACCGCCCUCGCAAACAAGAGAUGAGGAAGACUGGGCCUCAACGUCUGACCGAACCGGCACGCAGAACACGGAUGAAAAUCCGUCUGAUAAAGAAGAAGGACCGAAUGACGAAGAACAAUCGGCUACAAGUCUUGACAAUGCCGGUACGGCCGCAAGCCCUAAAAACAUUGAUGCCGGUGCAGACGGCCGUGAGGAGGAAGAGACUCCCGUUGACAACGACCGAAAGAUAGCCGCGAACAUUGUACGACAAAUCAUGGAGGAAAUCGAGCUGCGAGCUCAAGCGGCCGCCGCAGUAUACCGGGAAUGGUUCGAGUACCGAUCUGACAAAUUCUUCAAGCACAUGCUAUCGGGCCUAACCGAUGGACAAAGUUUCAGAAGGCUGAAGGAGAUGGAGGAAGACGUUAUCAGACUCACAAACGCCGAGAAUCCUAACAAAGCCAUGGAUCGACAUGCAAUAGUGAAACCGCAUGCUCGGCUACAAAAGUUAACCGUGCACAUACGAAAGCUUACAGAAAGGUAUGUUGCGGGAACACCGAAGGCUAAGUUACAACUCCUGGUGGUGGAUAUGCUUGAGGUCAAGAAAGGAGAACUCACUAACGAGAUAGAAGAGAUUGAAGCGGUGCGCAGACAGCGAGGUACCACGCACUCACCGCGUCCUGAGACCGAUGACGGUCAGAAUCGAGGUGAAACGCCUCCCCUAGAGGAUCCGGUCAUAAACGAAACCGACGAAAGAACGGAGACUCCUUUCACCGGGCCACUUGAAACUGAUCAACCUGGGGAUUCCGAACCGGGCGUCACAGAAGAAAGGGUCAAGUCCCUUAUUCAAGAGUUUGCCGACUCUAAGGUUCGACCAUGGAAGAGGAAAAUCAAGAAAUUCGCGCGCCAAACAAUCUUGUUAGCCGAAAAAACGAGGGAUGAUCUUGUGAAGGCAGAGGACCGGAUCACGGAAAUAGAAGUUAACUACCGUGACGACACGGUUCUGCGCAACGAUUAUCUUAAGCGAACCGAAGACUUGGAAGAAAAGACCUCCAAGAUGGUGGAUGACAUGGAACGGUUUCAAAGGGAAACCGAGCAACAGUUCACAAAGGUCGAUGAGGACCUAGGGCGGUCAAGCAAUGAAGUCGGCUCGACACUUGACAGGGUGAAUGAGCUGAUCAAUGCCAAGUUGGCUGCCGAUACAGCGGUUGAGGAGGCAAACGCUCGAGCGGCGAAGGACAUUCAGGAUGCGCUGGACGAAGAAACGCGGAAAUCAAAGGAACCACCGCGAUUGACUGAAGAAGAAUUAGCCGAACGCACACAAAAUAUAGCGGCUAAAAAUCCGGCACUUGCGAAGUCAAUGGCAGCUCAAGCAGCCGAAGAUGCAGAACGGUUAAAUACUGAAAAACGAAGGCUCGCCGAAUUUGCAAGGGCUCACAAGAAGACCAAGGCGGUUUCUUCCUCUUCGGUUCCGGAAAAACGGAAAAGGAAAACAUCAUCAAGGAAGGUUCAAGUAACCGAGAUGCUGGAGAGGAUCACCGAGACGAAUAUAGAAACUCCACCGCACCCGGAUCCGCUAACCGAGGAUGAAGACGAGGAGAAUCUCGAGCCGCGAUCUUCAAGACAGCGAGUUCUCAAUGCGGUUCAAAUCAGCCCGGUCGGUCAACCGCAAGCAGGAGGUUCUUCUUCAACACCGGCUCAACCGGUUGAGAACCAACCAACCGAUGAUAUGAUGAAAGACUUCCGGCUAUCCGAUUCAGAAUAG